GGGUAGAAAUGAGGGGUUGGGCUGGGGUUGAUUUGGGUCUUCUUGAAAUCUUGGGUUGGGGUAAAUUUGGGUAUUCUUUGUUUCUUUUAUUCCUUUUUCUGUGUGAAGCAAUUUGUGCUACAUGUUAUGUAUGAAAAGUGCUAUAUAAAUAAAGACUGAUUGAUUGAUUGAUCUCCCAAAGCUUUUAUUUUGAAGACCACUGGAAGUACUUUAUCGUAAAGACUCAGGCGUUUAUCAAAAUGGCGGCUCGUUGGAAUAAUUCCCAGGACUGAGUUUGUGGAGCGGUUUCAGCAGCUUUAGUUUUAGAAAUUAAACCCCUAAACGGACAAUUUUAACCUUUUUCCUCUAAAUCAGCUUCCGAUUAACUACAGCGCUCACAUAGUUAGCAUGUUAGCUGGUCACAGGUUUGAAGAAAAGGAGGUUUAAUGUGUAAAAAUGUCUGAAGUCCGAAGAACCACAGCAGAGAUUGAGGAACAACAACAGAAACCUUCAGAGGCUGAUAGAGACCUGCAGCUAAACUCACACAGAACAGGUUUGAUUAUUUACUGUCUUCAUCUAUUCGACUGGGGGGAGGGGGCGGCUGUAUUAUAAACUUUACGGUAACUGAAGGACUGAUUUAGUUUUGUGAUUUCAGCAACAACAUUAAAAUUAGUAUUAUUUGCAGAUGACACUAACAGAAUCACUACUGAAAAUGUGGUUUGACAGAAAAAAAUUAAACCAAAUUCAUGUUAUUUGGCGAUCAUAACAAAAAUACACAAGUAGACAGGGUGGAUAUUGAAAGAGUUUAUGAAAACAAGUUUCUUGGGAUGAUAAUUGAUGAUAAAAUAAACUGCAAGUCUCAUAUAAAACAUGUACAAAGUAAACCGUCAAGAAGCAUUUCAGUCCUGACGAAACAAAAAAACAUUCUGGAUCACAAAUCACGACAUAUUCUCUACUGUUAACUGAUUUUACCAUAUUUACACUACAUUACCGAUUAGUCUCAAACAGGCUAAAAUUGGCCGAUUUAAUUGGCUCGCCGAUAAAUCGGUCGGGCCCUAGUAAAUAUGUUGGAGACUGACUGUUAUUAUUGAGUAAAGGAGAAGGGGUAGGUUUAAAAAAAAAAAAAAGCAUAAGGCCUCAUCCUGCUCCUUUUCGGACAUGUUGGGUUUGCAUUAUUAUAAGACUUUUUAUUUUUUAUUUUUACUGUUUUGCUUUGAUUAUUGUUGCUGUUGUUUUGAAUAUUCUCACUGGUUUUGUUUGUUUGUUUUCAAUUUACUUUGUUGUGUUGCACGCACAUGUUUGAAAAAAAUAAAUAAAUGAAAUGAAAAUGAAACGGGUCUUCAGUGGAGACCCGGGGGGCUAAAACAAAGACAUUGUUUCUUAUCUGAGAGGUUCAAGUUUGACACAGUCGGGCUGCUUAAUGAAGACACAAAGAUCAUGUUGUAUUGAUAAUUAAAUCAUGAUCUUUAAACAUAAAUGAGUGAAUUCUUGGAUUAGGUUCAUUGUGUCUUUUUUGAUAACUUACGAUCAGAUGUUCUUUUAUACAGACACAGGUUUUGCCAGACGUGCUGGCAGCAGUCUUCCUCAGAGUGUCACGUGUCAAAAGGCAAUGAAGAAAUACAACAUCAGCACACCUGUCAAACCACACACAACCCUCCGGCAGAUACUGGUUCAUCCAAAAGACAGAAUACACCCAGAAAACAAAUGCAGUACCAUAUAUGAGAUCCCAUGCCAAUCAUGCAACAAAACAUACAUCGGAGAGACAGGGAGGAGUUUCACAAUACAAAAAAAUGAACACAAGAAAGAGUGUGAGAAGGAGACAGCAACAAGACAAAAAAGAACAAUAAAAGAAAAGGCACAACAAGAAAAUUACAAAUCAACUAUCACAGACCACUGCAAACGAGAGAAACGAGAAAUGCCUGAGUCAUCCACACCGAAGAAAAUAAACAUCAGCGCUGGAUCAGGGAGGCAAUGGAAAUCUGGAAGCGAGGCCCGAGGACCAUCAACCGGGAUGAGGGGGCAUAUAUGCUAUCCCACACAUGGAGUGCCAUAUUGCAGGGGGCGAGCGGGCAGCUGAAGGCGUGACCGAUCUGUCAAACUGAUAAAAAGGUCACGGCUUUGGAAACAUCAGCUGUUUUAAGACGCGUCACACAACCAUCACGUGACACUCUGAGGUAGACUGCUGCCAGCACGUCGAAACAUGUCAGCAAGGUAAAUAAAAACCUGUCUGUAUAAAAGAAUAUCUGAUCUUAAUAAAUGAGUGCUCUGUCCAGCUCUGUUUUCCUCCUCUGCUCUUGAUUUAAGCUAAAGUAAGAGCAGAGAAAGGGCAAACACUCUCUGCUCCAUCAGAACAUAGAUCGAACAACUCAACUCAACUCAACUUUAUUUGUUAAGCACUUUAAAACAACCACAGCUGAACAAAGUGCUGUACAUAACUAGACAAAACAACGACAUAGAAAACAAUCAAAAAACAGUUAAAACAAUGGAUAAAAUAAAAGCAGAAUUGAGAAGUAAAAUAUAGUUUCAAUGUUUUUAAAAACUAAUAAAUGUUUUAAAAACAUAGAAACAAAUAACUAAAAACAAUGAAACACUAAAACAGUAGCCGAGUCUCAUGGAGGGUUAAAAGCCAAUGAAUAAAAAUGGGUUUUAAGACGAGUUUUAAAAAUGGACAGUGUGGGGGCUCUAAUUUGGAGGGGUAGCUCGUUCCAUAAUAAGCUCAGAGAGGUAAGAUGGAGCCAGACCAUUUAAAGAUUUAAAAACAAAUAAAAGAACCUUAAAAUGCACGGGUAACCAGUGGAGGGAGGCCAGGAUGGGAGUAAUGUGCUCCCUCUUACGUACUCCAGUUAAGAGCCGGGCGGCUGCGUUUUGUACUAACUGGAGACAUGAGAGGGAGGACUGGCUGACUCCAAAAUAAAGUGCGUUACAGUAAUCCAGCCGAGAUGUAACAAAGGCAUGGAUUAAUGUUUCAAAGUGCUUACGUGCAAGGAAUGGCUUUGCCUUCGCCAGCUGCCUAAUAUGGUAAAAGCUAGAUUUCACUACAGAGCUAAUUUGCCUGUCAAAUUUAAAAUCACUGUCCAUCUUAAAACCCAAACAGUUCUAGAUCAAUCUCGAUUGUCUUGUUGUUUGAUCAUGGAAGCUAAAAUGGUUCCUGACGUUUAUAUUUGUUUUAUUGCUGUCAGUUUAAUUCAUGAUUUCCUCAGCUGAGAAGUCUCUCUCUCUCUCUCUCUCUCUCUCUCUCUCUCUCUCUCUCUCUCUCUCUCUCUCUCGAUCCCUCUCUCUUUGUUUCUCUCCCUCUUAGGGCUGGACGAUAUAGAAAAAAAGCAUAUCGAUAAUAAAAAUAUCAUAUUGAUCGAUAUCGAUAAUUAUCAAAAAAAAAUUUAACAUGUAUUUUAAUUGCAGCCCUGGAUGUUUUAUGCUAUUGCUUAAUGACCUACUUUUAAUAAAGAACACACAAGCACUGAAUUCAAAUUCAAACCUUUAUUCAACCACCUUUUUUUUUUUUACCACAACUGAAAGUUUUUUAAAAAAGAAAAAGAAAUCAACUUAAGUGGCUUUAGUGACGUCAGUAAAUACUGACAAACAUAAAGAAUAGACUGAAGUGACCAGAAAAUCUGAUAAAUAAGUAUUUCAACAGUCUUUUGAUGAAAAUAAACAAAACAAACAAAUAUAUAAAUAAAUAGAAUAGCUUUUGGUGGGAAUAGCAUACUACCAGUUUUAACUGUGUGGGAAACUGCCCACAACCCGGUGUCUGAGCACUAAAAUAUUUCAAAAAAUAAAACCAAAAAGUAGGGCUGGCUGGUACUUAAAUGAAACUCAAAUUGUUAACGAGGAACACAAGUUGGUUCACUUUAUGUGGUUUUAAGGCAGUCCUGAUAGAUUCUGAGUCUGCGUCAAGUAUCUCUCCAACUCGCUUUCAACCUUUUCCUUUUCAGUGAGAUGUUGUGAGGCAUCAGGGGCAGGGUACUAUUUCUUGAAGAAGCUCCCCAACGAUUUCCGCUGCUUCUUUCCAGGCGGUGUAGUAUGUUCUCGAGCCGCAACUGAACCUGUUGGCUCUGCACCUGGAACAGAGAGGGGGAGAGACAGACAUACAGAGACAGAGGAGAGCACAAAUAAGUUCCAAAGACAUUUAAAAAAAGUUUGAAAUGUUUGAAACAAAAUCAUGCUAUACGUUAAGUUAUUUAGUAGUGGUAGUUAUGUAGUUUGAUAUGCUUAAACACAGAUCAUUUUAACUGUACUAAAAUAUUUUCAAAGUAAAGAUUUUAUGAAAAUUAUAUAAUUAGCUUCCAUUAUUUUAACAGGAAGCAGUGCAAUCAAAAAUUUAUCCUUAUUAACCCACCUGCUACUUCUGAAGCCCCUGUAAGGAACUGGCCAGCAUCCAAGGUUUCAGCCACUGCCCUUGUUUUGAUGGCUUCUACCUUGUCUUGCUUGAUGUACUCCAUCUUGAAUCUGGGGUCAACUAAGGUAGCCAUGUCGACUAAGUCAUCAGUAUCAGGAUCUGCAUAUUUCUCAUCAAGGUAUUCCAUAAUUUUGGUCUUCAUCUCUUUUGUGAGAGGUGUGUCUCCUUCACUCACAUGGAGGUGUUGAGAGCGGAACAGAUGGAGCACAGGCUUCACAUAUGACACAGUCACAUAUGACUCCCCAGAGAGGCUGUCUGUAAAGUCCACCAGAGGACCUAGUGCCUCAUUCAUAGAAUCCCAGACUUCUAUGUCCUGCCAGUGUGGUACCAGGUGCCGGGUGUGUUUGUCUGCAGCAAGGACUUGGGAGAUGGGCUUCUGUUGCUCCAGCACUCUUGCAAUCCUUUUUUGUCGAGAGCCCCAUCUGGUCGCCGACUCUGUGCAUAGCUUGUGUAGGGGGACCCCGCACUGUAUCUGAGCCUCAGCUAGAUCUCUCUUCUUUUUCCAUGAAUAAGUAAAGGCUGCAACAACUUUUUUGCACAGAGCAACAGCCCUUUCCACUCGCUUGUCCUUGGAUGCUGCACCUGAAAUAGAGAUUUUAAAAAUCAUGUAAAAAUAGAAGCUCGCAGUAAUUCAUGGUAACCAUCAUGUUAUUAAUCAUUAAUAAUCAUGUUUUUAAACCAUCAUGUUGAUGAAAUCAUGUUAUUUUAAUUGCUAAUAAUUUAAAUUGCAGGUUUAUCUUGAUACGUUUUUUAAAUUUCAUUUAAAAGUUUAUAUAUAUAUAUAUAUGUAUAGCCCUUUCUCUCUCUCUCUCUCUCUCUCUCUCUCCCUCUCUUUCUUUCUCUCUCUCUCUCCCUCCCUCUCCCUCUCUCUUUCUCUCUCUCUCUCUCUCUCUUGUUCUCACUCCCUCUUUCUCACUCAACAGGGAACAAUAAGCUUGCAUUUACACACCAGUGUAAAGUUGUAGUUUACAUCUAUGUUGUUGUAUUUCUGUGCGUUCUGCAGACAUCCAACACCUUCAGAAGAGAAAAGAAGAGCAGCAGGAGAGGAGCCCCCAACUGGACCAGGAGGACCCACCAGAACACCCAAACAUUAAAUAGGAGCAGGAUGACCCACUUCAAAGACCAGAAGAGGCUGAUACAAACGAGUUUCCUUUUACACCCAUCAUUGUUAAGAGUGAAGAUGAUGAGAAGCCGUUUCAGUCCACCUGGCUUCAUAAAAGACAGAGCAAACAGAUGGACCCAGGACCUGAUAGAGAGGACUUUGGAGGAGCAGGACCAGUCGAAAACUUAGACCCAGAUACUCAUUUACACCUAGUGAUGGAGGUCGAGGCUGCAAGCUACUCUGAAACUGACACUGACGACAGUGCUGACUGGAGGAAGACAGCAGAACAUCAGUCAGGCCCGAAUUUGAUGGCUGAGAAACCCUUCAGCUGCUCUGAGUGUGGUAAAACAUUCAGCAGGAAGUGGAUUCUGACUCAACAUAUGAAAAUUCACAAAGGUGAGAAACCCUUCAGCUGUUUCAAGUGCAGCAGAAGAUUUAACCGAGAGGGGGAUCUGAACCGGCAUUUGGGAGUUCACAUGGAAGAGAAACCGUUCGGCUGCUGUGUUUGUGGGAAAAGAUUCAAAAUAAAAGAGUAUCUGAGCAAACACAUGAGAAUUCACAUGGAAGAGAAACCCUUCAGCUGUUACAAGUUCGAUCAAGGAUUUCACCAAAAAGGGUACCUGACUGUUCACGCAGAAGAGAAGCCCUUCUGCUGCUCUGAGUGUGGGAAAAAUUUUAGUCAAAGUAGGGAUCUCAACCGACACAUGAGGUGUCACAGGGAAGAGAACGCAGUCAGCUGUCAUGAGUGUGGAAAAAGAUUUAAACACAAAGAGUAUUUAAAUAAACACAAAAAAAUUCACACAGGAGAGAAACCCUUCAGCUGCUCUGAAUGUGGGAAAAGAUUUAACGAAAGAGGACAUCUCAAAAGACACGUUCAGUAUCACAAAGGAGAGAAACCCUUCAGCUGCUCUGAGUGUGGUACAAGUUUUUAUGAAAGGGGGCAUCUAGUCCAACACAUGAGGAUUCACAAGGGAGAGAAACCCUACAACUGUCCUGAAUGUGGGAAACGAUUUGUUCAGAAGAGCAAUCUUAAUCGACACAUGGGAAUUCACAAGGAAGAGAAACCAUUCAGCUGCCCAGAAUGUGGGAAAAGAAUCAAUGACAGGGGGUAUUUAAGCAUACACAUGAGAAUUCACACAAGAGAGAAACCCUUCAACUGCUCUGAGUGUGGGAAAAGCUUCAACGAAAAGGGACAUUUGAACAGACACUUGAGGUAUCACACAGGGGAGAAACCGUUCAGCUGCUCUGAGUGCGAGAAAAGCUUUUUUGAAAAGGGCCACUUAAACCAACACAUGAGGAUCCACAACGGGGAGAAACCCUUCAGCUGCUCCUUUUGUGCGACACAUUUUAAUGACAAAGGGGGCCUAAACCAACACAUGAGGACUCACACAGGGGAGAAACCCUUCAGCUGCUCUGAAUGUGGGAAAAGAUUUAAUCAGAGAGGAAACCUGGGCAGACACAUGCAGAUUCACACAAGAGGGGAUCUCCUAACUGGACAAGGUGCUGUGAGUUAAAGGUGGGGUAGUCAGGAUCUGAGUUAGCUCCAAUUUUUAGGAGAAAUCUUGAAUGUAAACUCUUUCCCUCCCAACCAGUUUUUCCCCUCAGCUCCUCCUCUCCCCUCCCUCUCUGCUCCAGACAAUUUUCCGAACUUUCUGGUUGGUUUCUACUGUCAGAUAUUGUAGCACGCUAACUUUGUUUGGGCUCGUGAAUGAUAAGGGGGAGCAGCGUCUGCCUCACAACCAAUCAGGAUGGGGAAGGUGGGGAAUGGCUUUGUUUACAGUCAGAAAGAGCGGAGCGCUCAAAAAUGUUAAAAUGUUGACUACACAGACAUAAGAGAACACAGCGAUAUUGUUAUAUUACCAGUUUUCAUAAAUAGCUAAUAACUAUUGACUGAUAUUAAAAGCUUUUUUGUAAAUAUACAACAAAGAAAAUGCCUCUUUAAUGGAUUCCUGCCUACCCCACCUUUAAGUGAUCAUAGGAGAUGAAGCUAAAACUGAGUUUGUGAAGAGUCAGUCAUUUUCAUUCUGAACAGUUUUGUUUUAUUUUUCUGGCUGAGUUUGUCUUCCGUACAAAAACACUGAGACUGCAAAAAGACAAUCCAAAAAGAAUAAAAAAUAAACAAUCAAAAAUAAAUAAAAAACAGUGAGUGUUAGGGGUACUGUUGGUUUCUGGUGUCCUCUUUCUCUCUCUGCUGCAGGCUGGAGUGGUUGAUUGAAUGAUUGACUUCACCUGUGGAUUCAUUCCUGGCUAAUCAGGAGUCAGCCUUAAAAAGGAGAAGAGCAGGUGGCCGGUUUUUCUCUUGAGCCAAAGAAAUGAAGAACUUUGUCUUCAGUGGAAGUCCUGAAGAAUUAAAUUUAAUUUAUAAUAGAGACAAAAAUUAAAGAAGUGAGUGGACAAAAUUUAAAAUAGAGACAAAAAACAAAAAAAAGUGAGUCAACAAAAUUUAAAACAGAAAUAAAAUUUAAGAAGUGAGUCUACUUUUGUUUUGGUUUUUAUUGACAAUUCGACAUCAUGACAAAUUAAAUACAAAGCUGAACAGCAAGCGUGGCAGCGGCCUGACAGUCAGACUGAAGCUCAGCUGUCGACACACACAAAAAAAAAACUUUUAAUCAAAACACCGGACGACUACAGGAAGUACCGGCGACGCCCCGAACACUCAGAGAGAGGCAUGAACGGAAAGUUUUAAGUGCUGAAUGUUCGUUACAGGUCUUCCAACAAUCAAACAAAACUCGUUCUUAAGGAGGAGCUGAAUCUGAAUCUGUUUCAAUUUUUAUCGAUUUACAGAAAAACGUUUUAAAUUAAAGGUCCAAACACAGACAGAGGUACAGCUGGAUCAGCCCAAAGUGU